AUGAGGCCCCCGGGCAAUAGGGGAUCAUUGGGCCCCUGUGUCCUCACCCACACUAAAACCACACCCAAAAAAGCCUAUGAAAGGUACCAGGGGCAUCUCAUGGAGCCCCAUACUGACCUUGGGCCCUCGGGCAGUGCCCAAAUGUGCCCGAAUGGUCAGUCCGCCCCUGAUUCAGACACGACGCCGGUCCUGACAACGCUUUCCUCCUUCUUCUUCCUCCAGCAGAACGGAGAGGCCAUUUUUCGUCGCCGCCAUUAGAUGGCACUG